AUGCUGUCUGAAUCUCAAAACACUUUGGCCUGGAAAAUAUCCCUUACGUUUAUUCAUGCCCUAGCUAUUUCUUCCGGGUGUAUUCGUGUAUCGCAACGCUGGCGAAAAAAGCUUAUGUGGUGGGACGACUAUGCCGUUAUUCCCCCCAUUGUCUGUAAUUUUAUAGGCAUUCUACUGUUUUGGUUGCAGUUCAAAAACCACAACACUAUCACUUGGGACACUGUCGACGAAGAUAGCAACACCUUCCUGUUCUCCUGGUGGCUCUAUUUUUUUGUUGGCUAUUCAAUGCUUUGGGGCUCUCGGUUAUCGUUGUCUCUGACACUAGCCAGGCUUUUUAUGCCAGGAAAUCCAUGUAGAAAGUUGGCACUGGUUCUUUCGGGGGCAACCUCGCUUCUUUACAUUGCCAGCAUAUUGGUAACAACGCUCGGUUGUCGCGGCUCGCCUUGGUGGAAGCUCAAAAUCGAAACUUGCUUUACCACUACGACGACUGUAUCUUUCGGAAGACUGAUUGCAACAUUGUUUGCAUUAGAAUUUAUUUCAGAUCUGUUUCUCAUUGCAGGGCCACUGACUCUUCUCUGGCGCAUCAAGUUCCCGCCGACCGAGCGGCUGCUUAUCUUAUCCCUAUUUUCAAGCAGCAUUCUGACUCUACUGGCAUCUAUAUUGUAUGCUAUCCUAUACUACGCUACAACAUUUCGUCGACGGUCAGACUCCAGGCUACUUUUCACCGCAAUGGGACACAUCCAGGCGUGUCUAUCAUUGCUGGCCGCUAACAUUCUCGUGGUGACCAUGCUCAUAUACAAGACUAUACGAAAGUGGCAAGCAGCCGCACAACGCCCGGCAAGACCUCGUGUUAACUCUGCUAGGAGUCACAAGGCCGUAGCUGCAAUGGGAGCACCGGUUCAGAAUAGUUUAGACGAUCAAACUACGACGACGGAGUCAAUCACUCCGCAAGCAACCAUACUCCUCAGUCUUACUGUGCUAUCUGAAAUCCGCUCUUACCCUGGCUCACCUAUGGAUGCCUAUGGACACUUUGCCAUACGCUCUGCCGAACUGUCAAGAGGUACAUCACAUAACAAUGACCAGACUAGCAACAUCUCUGUAGAAGAAAGGGAAAGCCGUGUCCAAUAA